AGGUCCAUCCUGCCUUUCGCUCCAGCGCGCACGCAUAAACAAAGCACACGGCCGUAUUCCCAAGCAAUGUAUCCCGCUGCGCCUGCCGACGCAUACGACAGGUACAGCAACGGAACUCCUCCACCGUCGGCGCCGGCGCCGGCGCCAUACCAGCACGCGAUGCACCAAGGGCGCCCCGCCGGCGGGCUCACGCGAUGGUCCACCGGCCUCUUCCACUGCAUGGACGACCCCGGGAACUGUCUCAUCACCUGCCUCUGCCCCUGCAUCACGUUCGGGCAGGUCGCUGACAUCGUGGACAAAGGAACCUGCCCGUGUGCCGGGAGCGGAGCGGCUUACGCGGCGAUCUGCGCGACGACGGGGAUGGGUUGCCUGUACUCGUGCGUGUACCGGACCAAGAUGAGGGCGCACUACGACCUCGAGGAAGGGGACUGCCCUGACUUCCUCGUGCAUUGGUGCUGCGAGUACUGCGCGCUGUGCCAGGAGUACAGGGAGCUCAAGAACCGCGGCUUCGACAUGGGGAUCGGUUGGGACGCCAACAUGGAACGGCAGAGGAGGGGCGUCGCCGGAAGGCAGGUGAUGGGAGCACCGGCCACGCCGGUCGGCAUGAUGAGAUAGGUGGUGGUGCUUUGGCUUUGGCUUCCGGUGAUUCUUGUGCUGCUCUGGUGCUUUGCUUAUUCGGCGAUUCUUGUGCUGCUCCGCUGUGUCGUCGUUUCUCCUCUCUUUUCUGGUUUGUAGUACUUUGGGGUCACUGCCUGUGCUUUUCUAGUAGCUAGACCCGUAAUGUAAGUACUUGAUUCAAUGGAUUUCAUGUAAAUUUGUAACGCGUUCGUAAGUUAUGCAAACGGUUAAUGGGUUUGAUGAUU